AUGAGAAGUCCACAGCGGAGACCACGACUCCAGCAAAACAGUAUCUUAGGAAACGGCGAAGCGCAUAUAUAUAACUGGAUGGUACGAAAAACGUCAAGCAGAGCUACUGUUAAAGGUGCUGCAGCGCAGUCUUCAGCUCGUGAAGAGGAAAAAAUAUUGAAGGAGCGAAGACAAAGAAGGUUGAGGAUUAACAUAAUUGACCAGCAGCAGAAAUGGAUUGCUCUUGAAGAGCAAGUUAUCGGAGCAAGAGUCAGCUUCUGUGCUGGUCGACAAUCAAGAAAUGAUGGUGCAAAACAUGAUCGCGACUUUCAGGAGAUCACAGACAGUCUCUGGUUAGACUGUCUUAGGCAUUUAAGAACAUCAGGAGAUGUUCAAGCCAUCUCUGGUUCCUCAGUUGGAAGUGGUUGUCGAGGAAAAUUCUGCAAGCAGUUCUGUUCUGUCGAUGUUUUGAUAAAGGUCUCACGUGCAGUGAGAGAAAACCGUUUACCUUUGCUGCUGGACAAAUGUCCAUCGCGAUGGAUAUUUUAA